AUGGAUGACCUGAGUGAAAUGACGGUUGAAAAGUUUAAAAUGUGGUCAUUACAUGCUAUUAAAGUGUAUUUGUCUAGAAGAAAGAAGCCAGUGGAUGGGAACCUUGAUGAGUUAUCAGCGAGGGCAUUUUGUGCCUGGGAAGAAAACCUGCCAGUAGACGCCAACGCUGAGCUCGCAGAACAUCGUCUUCAGCAUGAAUACAAGGCUAAGCUUAACCCUGGAGAUGAAGUGAUUCCGGACCCCUUUUCAUUGACAUCUGGUUGGAAAUGUGAGAAGGAUGGCUUAGCUACCUGGCCCUCGGUUUACAUUACAGACAUUGCAGAGUACUUGAAUGGAAUGGCUUCUAGUGAGAUAGUCCAUAGGUUGUUGAAUGAAUACAAGGAAGGAAAAGCAUAUAGGUAUUUGGAAUGUCCAGAGACAGUGAAGGCCCAAAUUCCAACAGUAGAUAAUAUUAAAUAUCUUCUUGAAGAGAAUGGCAAAAUAGUGCUCGAUUCAAAACACCCCUACUAUUUCCAAAUACAGGGACAAAUGGGCAUUCUUGGCCGAAGCUUCUGUGACCUAUUCAUUUAUACUUUACAUGGCAGUCUUACUGUCAGAGUAUGUUUUGACAUGCAAUUUGGGUCUUCGCUAGAAAAUGGUCUUAGUUCAUUUUGGACUAAACACAUGUUCCAGGCUAUCUGUGGGAUGAACAGGAAUGAUCAGCCUUCUAACAGAGAUGAAAACAAGACUAAACACAUGUUCCAGGCUAUCUGUGGGAUGAACAGGAAUGAUCAGCCUUCUAACAGAGAUGAAAACCAGACUCCACUGCUGAAAACCACAGGAUCUGACCCAAACAACAACGCCAUCCCUGUUGCUGCUGAGCAAAAUGUUGAACGUCCUGCAAUAUCAGCACGACGUGCUUUGAUUCCAAUCAGCACACAGCCAUUGAAGCGGAAAAAGAAAACCAGAAAGGCUGAGUCAAAGACAAUUGUAUUCCUCUGUGGUAUAUGUGGUUUGGAUUGUUUGGAUGAGCCACAAAGUGAGAAUAUCCAGUCUGUUCAGUGUGAUGGAUGUAGUGUUUGGACACAUUAUGUUUGUGCUGGGGUGACAGAUGAGUUAGUGAGUAUUGCUCUCAAGUGGUUCUGCAAAAAGUGUAAAAACUGA